AUUUUAUCUCGUUCCAGUUGCCUGAAUAACUUUUAAAUCUUCUCUAAGAAUCCUCUGUUUCCUAUGCAAUUCAUUCAAUUCAAGUAAUACCUUCAAGCAUGUAAACAUCGUACAGGAUCGCACCAAAAGGCAAAAGGAGCAUUAUAAAAGUCUCAGAACUGAGUUAGCCAGGCGUCAUGAAUCAGGAGAUAAUAACUGUAGAAUCAAGUUCAUCAACAAUGUACCAAGGAUUGUUCCUUUAAACUAGGACGGCCCAAUAGUGUAUGUAGUGAUUUUUUGACCGUGUACUAUCAGAAUGUUAGAGGGCUAAACAGCAAAAUUAACAAAUUCUAUCCUGCUGUGAGUGACUGUGAGUAUAAUGUAUUUGCUUUAAGCGAAACGUGGCUAAAGCCCGAAGUAAAACUCUCUCGAAUUAUUUCCCAAUUCUUUUGACGUUCAUCGUAAGGACAGAAAACAUAAUCAAUUGAACCUGUCAAUGGGUGGUGGUGUACUACUGGCAUUUGAAUCGGCUCUUAACUCUGUUGUAGUAGAUACUAUGCAGUUUGAUACAAGUUUCCCAGGAAUAGAUUUUUUGGUAUGCAAAUGCAUUGUAUCUCAUCAGAAUCUUUAUUUCGCUGUCAUAUAUGCUGCACCACAUGUUUCUAUUGAUAUAUUUGAAGCUUUUUUUGAAAUGUUAGAAAACUUUGAAAUCAUGCAUUCCAAACGUGUUUUCUUUCUGGGUGAUUUCAAUUCUCCAAACUUUGUGGAAAAUAAUUUAAAUGACGCAAAGACCCGCUACAUUGUUCAUUGGCUCAACUUCUGGAACAUGAAACAGUAUAAUAAUAUUCAUAACCAAUAUGAUAGAAUCCUGGACUUAGUAAUAAGUAACAUCGAUUGUAUUGUUUAUAGAGAUUUAGCUCCAUUAGUGGAUGAAGACGUGUAUCAUCCUUCUUCGUCCGUAACAUUAAAAACUGUCUGCAAAAAGAGUGAAUACGUCACAGUCAGUACUGACCAAAAAAGAUAUAAUUUUAGACGUGCUAACUUUUUUUCGCUGUACAAUUCUUUGUUAUUGGUUAAUUGGGAUUUCUUGGAUAACACUAGUGACACAAAUGAUGCAAUUAAUGCAUUUUAUACCAAACUUUACGAAGUAUUUGAUGCACACGUUCCACAAUAUAAAAAUUUCAGGCAUAAAUAUCCCUCUUGGUACACCAGUGAAAUUAUAAAACUAGUAAAACAAAAAGACAAAGCGCACAAAAAAUUUAAAAGGUCUGGUGCUAACGAAGAUUACCAAGAAUUCGGCAGAAUCAGGAAAAUAUUUAAGCUUAAAACCAAAGAGGCAUAUAAUAUCUAUCUUCAAACCAUUCAAAAUCAGCUAAAUGAUGACCCUAAGUCUUUCUGGUCUUUCGUACAUAGUAAAAACAACACUUCUAGGAUUCCCAAUAGAAUGUUGUAUGGAAACGAGUAUUUGGUGAUCCGCAAAUAUAGUCAACGCAUUCGCUGAUUUUUUCUCCAGCGUUUACUCAACUGCCAAUGUCGAUACUGAGUUGAACUUUGAUUUCAGUCAUAGUGGACUCGUCGACAUUAGUUGUGAGCCAAUAUCAGAUGAGGAAAUUUUAGUGGCCUGUAGAAAGCUUAAAAGUAAAUUGACUGCUGGACCUGAUCAAAUCCCAUCUUUUAUUGUUAGAGAUUGUAUCAGGAAAUUAGUUCAUCCUUUACGGGUUAUCUUCAACUUAAUCCUAACAACGACUGUUUUCCCCGAUAAAUGGAAAAUUGCCAAAGUUUGCCCAAUUCCAAAGUCAAAAAAUUAUCACUGUAUCAGUGAAUAUAGGGCUAUAUCUAUACUCAAUAAUUUUGCAAAACUCUUGGAGAUCGUACUGUACAACCGCAUUUACCUGUCCACUAAAAAUAAUAUUUCCAUCGACCAACAUGGUUUUAUAAGGCAGCGUUCAACACUAACAAACUUAAUGGUAUUUAGCUAAUACUUGUGCGAAAGAUUAUACAAUAGAGGACAGGUAGAUGUGGUGUACAUCGAUUUCUCCAAGGCCUUCGAUAGGGUCAGCCACAGUAUUUUGCUCCGAAAGCUUGAGUACCUGGGCUUCAACAACAUUUACUUAGCGCUCUUAACAUCAUAUCUGUUUGAAAGGAAACAGUAUGUUUUUUAUAAUGGCUACAUAUCACAUGUUUAUGUCUCAACCAGUGGCGCACCACAGGGUUCGAAUUUAGGACCACUGUUGUUCGUAUUGUUUGUGAAUGAUCUGUGUGAAUCUUUGGCUUGUACUGAGUUAAUGUUCGCAGACGACCUAAAAUUUUAUUCAUCCGUUUCAUGCUUGGAAGACUGUGCAUUUGUUCAAGGUCAAAUAGAUAAAUUGCAAAGCUGGUGUGCCAAGAAUCAACUUCAUCUUAAUAUAAACUUCGAUAAUUAGUAUAGCAUCAAAGCCAAUCAAUGGAGCAACAAUUGCAGUUCCAGAAUGAGAUAUCAAGACUGCUGGGCUCAGAUAGCGCAGCAAUAAGAAGGAUCCAUUUUGAAGAGACUACUAGUUCGGAUACAGAUUCUGAUGACAAGUCCUUAGAUGAAAACUACUUGAACAAUCAACCACCACCAUGCGAUUACAACAUCAUCAAAGAUAGUGUAAUAAAAAUAGGCACCGAAUCUGGCAAAAAUACAAAGAAAAAGAAGAAUAUGAGAAAUUUCCAGUUAUCUUAUGUAACAAAAUGUGAUACCGAGUUAUUCUCUCAGUCUGAUUUUCCGCCAUUAUUCAAGGGUAGUAAUCUACCGAACACUGACAUCAAUUCAGUAACUGAAUUAGUGUCUAAUAAUAAUGAUCGCUUUGUAAGGCAUACUGCAACUGUGCAGUUACUAUGUAGUGAUGACGAGGAUUGGAGUGAUGGUGAUGAUGAUGUAGUUAUUGGAGAUGAACAUGUAUCUUUAAGAAACGAUUCCGAUAUCAGGUUUGAUUGUGGUUCUGAUGAAGAUAUCUCUUGGGCAGCUAUUGUAGGUCGAACAGAAAAAACAGAAUUGAAAGAAAAUCAAAUUGGCGAACAAGAACUUUUUGUGAGUCAUAAUGUUCACCAUGAAAAUAGUCACAAUAUAUCUAAAACAUAUUUAGCAAGCGAAAAGAAUAAAAAGAGUCCCCAGGAACAAGAAACACUGAGUCCAAUACGGGGAGGAAGUACAAUCGAGAAAUCGGAAAUUUGCUAUUAUCAAAUGGAAUUUCCCAUUUUAGGACACGGUAGAUGUACUAAAAAUAAGCAAACAUGUGCGAUGAAUGAUAUUCGUUAUUCCAACUCGUCAACCAAUGAAAAAGAUUUGGUGCUGUCACCAAACGUUGCCGAGCUUGGAGAAAGUCGUUCGAAUCAUGUUUAUGAAGAAAAUUUUGAAUAUAAACUGGCAGGUGAUACUGUAGAUUCAAAUUCGGAAUUUAUCUCAAUGAGUAAGCAUGACUCAAAUACUAACAAUAAAAAGAGUCCCCAGGAACAAGAAACACUUAGUCCAAUACGGGGAGGAAGUUCAAUCGAGAAAUCGGAAAUUUACUAUUAUCAAAUGGAAUUUCCCAUUUUAGGACACGGUAGAUGUGCAAAAAAUAAACAAAGAUGUGCGAGGAAUGAUAUUCCUUAUUCCAACUCAUCAACCAAUGAAAAAGAUUUGGUGCUAUCACCAAAAGUUGCCGAUCUCGGAGAAAGUCGUUCGAAUCAUGUUUAUGAAGAAAAUUUUGAAUAUAAACUGGCAGGUGAUACUGUAGAUUCAAAUUCGAAAUUUAUCUCAAUGAGUAAGCAUGACUCAAAUAUUAACAAUCAAGAACCGAGUACAACUGAUGUAAAAAAGAAACAGAUACCCAGAAGUACCAAAUCUGCUUUUACGCCAUUAUACAAGCGGAGUAAUCUACCGAACUCUGGCAUUAAUUCAAUAAUUGAAUUAGUGACUAAUAAUAAUGAUCGUUUUGUAGAUGUGCGUUUUUUAUGUAGUGAUGAUGAUGAAGUACCAUUUAUUGAAGAUGAGCAUGUGUCUUUAAAAAACGAAAAUAGACGCAAUAUAUCUAAAAAAUAUUUAGCUAGCGAAAAAAAUAAAAAGAAUCCCCAGGAACAAGAAACACUUAGUCCAAUACGGGGAGAAAGUACAAUCGAGAAAUCGGAAAUAGGGGCUUUUGAUUAUUGUGAAAUGGAAUUUCCCAUUUUAGGACACGGUAGAUAUACAAAAAGUAAACAAAGAUGUGCGAGGAAUAAUAUUCCUUAUUCCAACUCAUCAACCAAUGAAAAAGAUUUUGUGCUAUCACCAAACGUUGCCGAGCAUGGAAAAUGUCGUUCCAAUCAUAUUUAUGAAGAAAAUGUAGAUCCAAAUUGGGAAUGUAUCUCAAUGUGUAAGGACGACACAAAUACCAACAAUCAAGAACCGAGUACAAGUGGUGUAAAAAAGAAACAGAUACCGAGAAAGGAGGUACAGGCUGAGUUAUCUAUAAGCAGCAACUGUUCUGGGUCUUUACCUACUAUUGAAAGCUUAAUAGAAUGUGAUAAAUACGCCCAAAAAACAAAGAAUCACUGUGCGAUGAAUGGUAAUAUGAAUAAGAGUGUAAUUAAAAAUAACACUUGUUCAUUAGGAAGUUCUACAGAUUCUCAGAUACAACAACAUAAAAGUAAUUCAACUGUAAAAAAGAAAAAAAGGAAGAAAAAUAAGAUACAAAAUGAUUUGAAGCAUUUAAGUGGUUCCGAUAUUCAGGAUAAUCGUACCUUUGAUAAGCCUGCUACAUUUCCAAUUUUGUUUAAAGAUAACGAUAUUUGUGAAUUUGAAUAUGAGCCAAAGUAUAUAUACAUGGAUGGUUUACCUUUUAUAAACCCACUAUACUUGGCGUACAACUCGUACAGACGUAGCAUUACUUAUAUUGCAUUUGAAGAUUCUAUGACGCGUUUCUCAAGAUCUGAUAUACCGUAUAAACUUGCGGAUUUGCAUAUUGACCGUGAAUUCAUUGGUAAUGGGUAUGCAGAGAAAAUAAAAACAUUUAUACAUAGCGAAUUGUUUGAAACUUUUCGAAGUCAAGCUCAAAACAGUUUGCUAAAAAAGAGAAAACGUAAAAGACGGAGGAAGAAAUCGCAUAUUGAAUUACCUGUAAACUGUUGUCCUGCUCAAGACGAUUCAAAUAGAGGAGUACAUUCGAAAAAAGAAAAUAUCACAGUGCCUGAAACUGUCUUAAGUGAGCAUAACAACAAGGAAUUUAACCGUCGAGGGAGAUUUGUUAGCACAUCUCUAAGUAUAGCGACGAGUAUGCCAGUCAUUAACAGCGCAGCAAAAACUUAUGAAACCGAUGAAAUUCCCUGGUUUUUCCAGUUCAAAGAUACCAGUUUUACGGAUAUUAGUAAAUUUAGAGAUCUGUAUCUAAAUACAAAUAUGAAACAUGUUAUCGAAGAGUGUAAUGAAAUGAAUAUUAGCAAAUCUGCAGGCAGCCCAGAUUAUUUAUCAAGUAUUGACACCAUGGCGCAAAAAUAUGGAUUCUGCAAUGUCUCCUGGUAUUUCCAUUUUAAAGGUAAUUUUACAACUUUUAGUAAUUUUAGAGAACUUUAUUUAAAUACAAAUAUGGAAAAUGUUAUUGCAUACAAAAACACCAAGAAAAAAUUACGUAGAAAGCGGAGAAGAGAAGUUCAAUUUCCCCCAUGUCAUUCUCCCAUUGAAGAUAACUACGUAUAUGAACCAUCAUCGCAAAAAGAAUAUAUGACGGUAUCUGAAAAUGCUACUAGUGAGUUAAAUAAUUACAAGGAACUUAAUCGCCGAGAAAGAUUUGUUAGCAUAUCUCAAAAUAUAGCUCAGAAUAUACCAGCCAUUGACAGCGCAGCAACUCACGAAAUCGGUAAGAUUUCUUGGUAUUUCCAGUUCAAAGAUAAUGAUUUUACAGAUUUUAGUAAAUUCAGAGAACUUUAUCUAAAUACAAAUUUGACAACUGUUAUCGAAACUAAUAAUAGAAAGAAGCGUACGGACGAAAGCUCAAAACCGAAAACUACAUCUUUGGGGUUGAAAAAGGAAUUAUUCAAAAAUUCAAAAAAGUCUAAUAUGUAUAACUUUUAUGGUUCUGUCAGUUGUUGGUAUUUUCAACACAGAGCAAAUAAUUUUAUUGAAUUUUGCAAAUUCAGAGAAAUUUAUUUAAAUAGAAGCCUCGAUCAUAGCUUCCAGAAAAAUUGUGAAUUGAGGCCUCGUACAAUUAUCAACUCCAAAAUUAGAAUGCGAAGCAAAUAUAUAUCUCCAUUCGAUGAAAACACAACAUUGACAAGAGAGAAAAUCCCUACAUAUAUUUACAAUAUGGGAAAUACUUAUAUUUCUAAUACCAACCUAACGUGUGAAGGCAUUGUAUCAUAUGAUACUAGUGAUGCUAUUAUAGAAUGUGAAUCUGUUUGUGAUAGCAAUAAGUUAUGUAAUGUAGGCUGCGGUGAUGUUAAAGAUCCUUUAAAAUCAGGUAUUGCAACUCUUAGAUAUUCAGGUAUUUAUUUACGUUUGUCAUUGUGUUGUUUACUGCUUGUAAUUGGUUCAAAGCUCGUUACUCAUUUGUAUGAUUUCUUUUUAGAAAAUGAUGUACUGUUAUGUUGUGCUAUGUUAUUGUUUGUUUAUAUUAUGUUAGAAUGACAAUAAAUUCUUGUAUUCAGUAAUUCGCCG